AUGCACAAGUCCCCGGCAAUACUUUUCUCCCUUGGAGGAUACGCUGGUAAUAAUUUCCAUGACUUCACAGACAUUGUAAUUCCUCUAUAUUUAACAUCAGAACAUUUUAAUAGAGAAGUUCAAUUUCUUAUUACCAACAACAAACCAGGAUGGAUUACCAAAUUUAAGGAAUUAAUAACAAAAUUAUCAAAAUAUCCAGUUAUUGAGAUUGACAAUGAAGAUGGUCAUAUCCAUUGUUUCAAGACUGUUAUUGUUGGCCUUAAACGCCAUCAUGGUCACAAAGAGCUAACAAUUGAUGCAUCAAGUUCUCUACAUUCUAUGAAAGACUUCAGAAAUUUUCUGAGAACUGUCUACUCGUUACCUAGAACUACUGCAAUUAAAAUAGGAGAUGGUGAUCGAAGAAAAAAGCCUCGGAUUCUUAUUAUAACAAGAAAAAGGACUAGGUCCUUUACAAAUCCAGGUGAGAUUGUUGAACUAGCAAAACAACUGGAUUUUGAAGUAGUUGCUGCAGAAGCAAGUAUGAACUUGGCGAGAUUUGCAAAGAUUGUGAAUUCUUGUGAUGUGAUUGUGGGCGUCCACGGAGCUGGAUUGGCAAACAUGGUCUUCCUUCCUGAAAAUGCAAUCUUGAUUCAGAUUAUUCCAGUAGGAGGGUUCGAGUGGCUGGCAAGCUUUGACUUUGGGCAGCCAUCGGAGGGAAUGAACUUGAGGUACUUGGAGUACAAAAUCAAAGAGGAAGAAAGCACAUUAGUACAAACUGAGCAUCGAAGGGUUGUCCCUCCAAGGAAAUGGGAAAAGUUCAAGACAGUCUAUUUGAAUAAACAAAAUGUGACACUUGAUGUUAAUAGGUUUAAACCCACUUUGUUAAAAGCGCUUGAGCUUUUACGUCAGUAG